UCUAUCCACGCCCGGUGGAGGCGGCUUGAGUCCGUAUUAUAUUUAAAUUUACAAUAUUAGUUUAAUGUUCAUUACGGAAAAAUGGAUACCAGAGAGCUGACGGAAAUAUUACGCGCAACUAUUGACCCAAAUCAGAGGCAGCAAGCUGAAGAACAGCUCGCUCGGAUCCAUAAAAUAAUCGGAUUUGCACCAUCACUGCUUCAAGGUGUUAUGCUAAAUGAUGUUGCAUUACCAGUGCGACAGGCUGGAGUUGUGUAUUUGAAGAACCUGGUGACAUCCGGAUGGUUUGAAAAAGAACCAGAGGAAGGAGAACCUAUACCAUUUAGCAUUCAUGAACAGGACCGUGCAAUGGUUAGAGAUAUGAUGGUGGAUGCAAUUGUUCAAGCUCCUGAUAUCAUCAGAGUGCAACUUUGUGUUUGCCUCAAAACUAUGAUCAAACAUGACUUUCCAGCCCGUUGGCCUCAAAUUGUUGAUAAAAUCCACAUUUACUUGCAAAACCAUGAACCAAAUAGUUGGAUGGGGGCUCUCCUGUGCCUGUACCAGUUAAUCAAAUGUUACGAGUAUCAUACGAUAGAGAAAAAGGCCCCUCUUAUUGAAGCCAUGAACUUACUAUUGCCUAUGAUGUAUAAUCUCAUAGUGAAUCUCCAGGCUGAUCAAUCUGUUGAAUCUGUGCUUAUACAGAAACAGAUACUCAAAUGUUUUUAUGGAUUGAUAAAAUAUGCAUUGCCUCUGGGUUUAAUAACUAAGGAGGUAUUUACUAAGUGGAUGGAGGUCCUGAGAUCAGUCAUGGAACAGCCUGUACCAGAGCAUACAUUACUAGUUGAGGAGGAUGAACGCAUGGAAUUACCUUGGUGGAAGUGCAAGAAGUGGGCUGUUCAUACUUUGUACAGAUUGUUUGAAAGGUAUGGAAGUCCAGUCAAUGCUCGCGAGGAAUAUGUGCAGUUUUCAGAAUGGUAUCUGACAACCUUUACUGGCGGAAUUCUAGAGGUAUUGCUACAAAUCCUGGAUCAAUAUAGACAAAAAGUAUAUAUAUCGCCAAGAGUGCUGCAACAAACUUUAAGUUACAUAGACCAAUGUGUUAGCCAUGCACACUCUUGGAAAUUGUUAAAACCUCAUAUGUUUGCCAUCAUACAAGACGUGCUGUUUCCACUUAUGUCUUACUCAGAGGCUGAUGAAGAGCUAUGGUUUAGUGAUCCACAUGAGUACAUACGUAUCAAAUUUGACAUAUUUGAAGAUUUCGUCUCUCCCGUAACGGCGGCACAAUCACUCCUCUUGUCGUGCUGCAAAAAGCGCAAGGAUAUGCUAGAACGGACAAUGCAUCUUUGUAUGCAAGUGCUUACCAGUCAAGGCGGAGAAUAUGGGCCACGCCAAAAGGAUGGUGCUUUGCACAUGGUGGGAACUCUUAACGAUAUCCUCAUAAAGAAAAAGUUCUACAAGGAAGAAAUUGACUCCUUACUUAGUCAAUACGUUUUCCCCGAAUUUCAUAGUCAAUUUGGUUACAUGAGAGCUAGGGCUUGCUGGGUUCUUCACUGUUUUGCUGGUGUUAGAUUCAAGAGCGAACCACUUUUGAUUGAUGCUGUCAGACUCACUGUAAAUGCUCUGCUUAAUGAUGCAGAAUUACCUGUGAAAGUUGAAGCUGCGAUAGCACUUCAAAUGCUUUUGUCCUCUCAGGAGAAAGUACAUAAAUUGUUAGAACCACAAGUUAAAGCAGUAACAACUGAGUUGCUUCAUGUUGUUCGUGAAACAGAGAACGAUAAUAUUGCUAAUGUGCUACAAAAAAUUGUGCCGCUAUAUACUGAACAGUUGAUGCUGAUGGCAUAUGAGAUCAUGGAUCAUUUGGCGACAACUUUCAGUAAAGUUAUAGAAACUGAUUCUGGAACAGACGAGAAGGCAAUCACUGCUAUGGGUCUACUUAACACCAUGCAAACUGUGCUGACCGCCAUGGAGGAAAAUCCCGACAUAAUGUCACAGUUAGAAAAAACUGUGUUACGUGUUGUUGGGCAUAUUCUGCAUCACAAUAUUAUAGAGUAUUAUGAAGAAGCUAUGACGUUGCUAUGUAAUUUAACUGCAAAAACGAUAUCAGAAGACAUGUGGAAAGUCCUGGAGAUGUUGUACCAGGUGUUUGAAAAGGAAGGAUUUGACUACUUUACUGACAUGAUGCCUGUCCUUCACAAUUACAUAACUAUUGAUACUAAUGCCUUUCUGUCAAAUGAGAAUCAUAUACUAGCCAUGUUCAACAUGGUCAAAGCGGUUCUCAAUUCAGAUGCAGAAGACGAAUCUGAAGUCUACGCAGCGAAACUUCUCGAAGUAAUAGUUUUACAAUGCUCGGGUAAAAUAGACAACUGCUUACGUUCAUUUGUCGAGCUCGUACUUAGCAGGCUCACGAGGAAAGUCAAGACUUCGGAACUUAGAACAAUGCUACUACAGGUGCUGAUCGCUAUAAUGUACUGCAAUCCACACCUACUGUUUACAAUUCUCGAUAGUUUGCAGGAGUCUGUGCCUAAUGCGUCUAUAACGCAACACUUUCUUAAACAGUGGGUUCACGACAUUGACUGUUUUAUGGGGUUACACGAUAGGAAACUGUGCGUACUCGGCUUUUGCACUCUUCUCGAAAUGGGUCCACAGAGACCGAACCUCGACGAAAUUUUGCCGUCAUUUCUUCCAUCGUGCCUAGUACUUUUCGAUGGAUUAAAGCGUGCAUACGAAUCACGGGCGGAAGUCGACGAUGACACCUCUUCAGAAGAAGAAGACGGGGAUGACGACGAAGAGGUUCUCUCGAGUGACGAUGACGAUAUCGAACAAAUGAACAGCGAUUAUCUUGUAAACCUUGCGAGGAUGGCGACAAAAAACACUGCUCAACAAGGCAUAAAUAUGACGGCCAAAAUUGAAGAAUAUGACAGUGACGAUGAUGAAGACGAUUUCGAGCCAGACGAAACUGCGAUUGAGUGCUACACAACUCCUCUUGAUGAAAGUGACUGCACCAUUGACGAAUACAUCAAAUUCAAAAACAUAUUAACAACAUUGUCUACUAGCGAGCCUGCACUAUACCAUGCACUGACGUGUGUCUUAACAGAUCAACAGCAAAAGCAAUUGAAUACUAUAUUUGUUCUGGCCGACCAACGGAAGGCACAACAGGAUAGCAAACGCAUUGAACAAAGUGGAGGUUAUUCCUUUACAGUUCCAGCGCAAGUCCCUACCACAUUCAAAUUUGGUUCAUAAUUCCCUACCUUUUACAUUUAUGUGAAAACAUCUAAUUUCUAAUGCGUAAAAAGCACUUGUGUAUGUGUGAGAGCAACAUUGGUUUGAAUAUUGCAAAAUUUUCUUGUCUGACAAAAUUAAUUCUCCAUCAAUCAGACCAUAAAUAUUUUUUUUACUUUUUUACUACGACAAUGAAUACUGCAAAAAUAUUAGGGAAAAUAUCUAAACAGCAACCUAGCCUUCACUUUUAAUAGUUGGUUUAAAAUAUCGCACCUUAUAAAAAAAAACAAAACCGGCCAAUGUGAGUCAGACUCGCCCCUACACGGUUCUGUGUCUUGGCGGGACGUAUAAUUAUUUAUUAAACUUAAUUUAUUUGUACGUUGAAAUUUUUUGUACAGGUUUAUGAAUCGGUGUUUUUAAACGUACAUAAUAUACAUAAUUAGGAGUUUUACGUAAUGAACUAUGGUUAACUCUCGUUAAGAAAAUGGUUACUCAUCUUUGUAGACUGGCCUUCGUUGUUCAAUGGCAACUAGGUAUAGGUGUCUGCGCGUUUUUUUACCCAAAUUAAAUUUAAAAAUGAAUGAGAUCAAUAUUUCGCAGCGAAUGUAGAGUUCCAGUAUUUACAAUGUAUCUAUGGACUAAUGUUGUAUUUAAUCACAUUUUUUAAUAAUAUCCAUAAAAAUAAAGAUUAUAGUGCCCUACAAUUAAAAAUAUAAUAUUUUUAAUAAUUCUAAUAUAUUAUGUUUAACUUUCAUUUGAGAUAGUUUUUUGUCCAAUAAACUUAAUCUCUUGUAAUAUAUAAUUUUACUCCACUGUGAAUAUACUAUUUCCUUAUGACUAUUUUCUUAACGCGAAUGGACUAUAGUGUACUUUUGAGAUAGAUCACUGUUAAAAUAAUAGCAUAGAACUGGAAACUGACCGCCUUAAUUUCUUGGUAUAAAAGUAGAGUAGUUGUAGUUCGAAAAAAAAUACUUAAAAUGAGCGAUGCCUUAAUUGUUUCACUACAGUUCCUAAUAAAUCACUGCUGUUAAGUAGGAGCUGCGAAUAAAUUAAAAGCAUUGAUUGCUGGCCAU